AAAAACACUUGCUAAAAGUGAAAGAAUUUGGUAAAGAAAGCACGGGAGAUUGUGUUCAGUGUAAAGAUAAGAACUUAGAUAUAAUUGAUUACUUAGAUCAUAAAUUAUGCAUUGAGUGCUUUAAAUACCAAAUGGAAGUUGUUAGGUCAGGAAUAAACGUUUGUUCUCGUUAUACCAAAAAUAAAGCGAUUAAUUGUUAUGAUUAUCAAAAAAGAAAAAGUUGUGACCAAUGUUCGCUUUGCCAAGAAAGAAAAAAACUGACCGGAAUUUCCACUCUCGCUUUAAUGACUGAGUUAUUCCGAGGAAGAAAAGACUUUAAUGCUCUAAUUACUUGA